AUGAGCAAGACUCAGCUGGGAAAUAAUUCUGCAAUUGAUGAACCCAUUUUGGCUGAUGAAUCUGCAAUUGAUCAACCUAGAACUAAGAAUGAGCAAGACACAGCUGCGAAGUCGAAAACCAAAAGAUCAAAGAUUCUUUCUGAUAAGAAAAACAUCGAAUCCAAGGAUAAUUCUGCACUUGAUGAAGCCACUCAAGUUGAUGACACUGAAGUUGAUCCACCUAGAACUAAGAAUGAGCAAGGCUCAGCUGGGAAGUCAAAAACCAAAAGAUCGAAGAUUCUUUCUGAUAAGAAAAAGAUCGAACUAAGGGAUAAUUCUGCACUUGAUGAACCCAUUGAAGCUGAUGACUCUGCAGUUGAUCCGCCUAGAACUAAGAACGAGCAAGGCUUAACUAGGAAGUCUAAAACCACAAGAUCAAAGAUUCUCUCUGAUAAGGAAAAGAUCAAACCUAGGGAUGAUUCUACACUUGAUGAACCCAUUAAAGCUGAUGACUCUGUAGUUGAUCCGCCUAGAACUAAGGAUGAGCAAGACUCAGCUGGGAAGUCAAAAACCAGAAGAUCGAAAAUUCUUUCUGAUAAGAAAAAGAUUGAACCUAAAGAUAAUUCUGCACUUGACGAACCCAUUGAUGCUGAUGACUCUGCAGUUGACCCACCUAGGACUAAUAAUGAACAAGACUCAGCUGGGAAGUCAAAAACCAAAAGAUUGAAAAUUCUCUGUGACAAGAGAAAGAUCGAACCAAGGGACACUUCUGCACUUGAUGAACCCAUUGAAGCUGGUGAAUCUGCACUUGACCCAGCUAGGACUAAUAAUGAACUAGACUCAACUGGGAAGUCAAAAACCACAAGAUUGAAGAUUCUCUCUGAUAGGAAAAAGAUCAAACCUAGAGAUAAUUCUGCACUUGAUGAACCCAUUUUGGUUGACGGCUCUGAAGUUGAUCUGUCAAGAACUAAGAAUGGGCAAGACUCAGCUAGGAAGUUUAAAACCAGGAGAUCGAAGAUUCUUUCUGACAAGAAAAAGAUUGGACCUAAAGAUAAUUCUUCACUUGAUGAACCCAUUGUGGCUGAUGAAUCUGCAGUUGAUCCACCUAUAACUGAUAAUGAGCAAGACUCGGCUGGGAAGUCGACAACCAAAAGAUUGACGAUAGUUUCUGACAAGAAACAGUUCAAACCUAGGGAUGAUUCUCCACUUGAUGAACCCAUCGAAGCUGAUGAAUCUGCAGUCGAUCCACCUGCAACUAAUAAGGAACAAGAAUCAGCUGGGAAGCCUAACACCAGAAGACCGAAGAUUCUUUCUGAUAAGAAAAAGAUUGAAACCAUUGUGGCUGAUGAACCUGCAGUUGAUCCACCUAGAACUGAUAAUGAACAAGACUCAGCUGGGAAGUCAAAACCCAAAAGAUUGACGAUAGUUUCUGAUAAGAAACAGAUCAAACCUAGGGAUGAUUCUCCACUUGAUGAACCCAUUGAAGCUGAUGAAUCUGCAGUUGAUCCUCCUAGAACUAAUAAUGAACAAGAAUCAUCUGGAAAGUCUAGAACCAAAAGAUUGAAGAUUGUUUCCGGUAUGAAAAAGAUUGAACCUGAGACUGAUAAUGUGCAGAAGUCAAAAUUGCGGAAGGCUUGA